GCCGUUUAUUUUAACGCGUAUUAAAUAGAGAGAGAAAGCAGCGUUUGGUAGGAAGGAAAAAGGAGAAAAAGAGACGGGGGGUUGGGGGAGAGAAGGUGUUUGGAAUUUUCUUUCUGGACCAGGAAACCCCAAUCUUUGUAUGUGGAGGUGCUUUACUUUUCCUUCAUAUAUUUUCGUCGGAGAUUCCCUGGUUUUCCUUCUUCCCAGCCAAACACGAUAUUCUUCCCCUUUCCACCCUAAAUACUAUCAGAUCUGAGUUUCUCUUCUAAUUCUAUCGGCGUUUCCAAAUCCUCCGCACAGAUUUGUAGAGGUUGUGAGAUAGAUUGAAUUUUGGAGAGAAAUGGCGGAAGAGCAUCGAUGCCAAGCGCCUCGGCUGUGCGCCAACAACUGCGGCUUUUUUGGGAGCCCGGCCACGCAGAACCUCUGCUCCAAAUGCUACCGUGACUUGCAGCUCAAGGAGCACCAAUCCUCCACGGCCAUGCUCGCCUUCAACCAAUCCCUCGUCGCCACCUUAUCAUCGCCAUCACCAUCAGCAUCGCAGUCUUCUUCUUCUUCAUCGACGACCGAUCCUGUAUCUCCGGCUGUUGUUGCUACUAUGGAUCAGCAGGACGAGAGCCAAGCGAAGGCUAAGACUAAGGCGAACAGGUGCGUUGCGUGCAGGCGGCGCGUGGGCCUCACGGGGUUCGGGUGCCGGUGCGGGAUGACUUUCUGCGGGUCCCACCGGUACCCGGAGCAGCACGGCUGUACCUUCGACUUCAAAGGGAUGGGCCGGGAGCAGAUCGCCCGCGCCAAUCCCGUCGUCAAGGCCCAGAAGCUUGACAUGAUCUGAGACCAGGGGUGAUUUCGUCUCUUCCGUUUAUUAUUUCUCCACCGGGUUGUUGAUUGGGUGCGUUACGGGUGUGGAUAUUGAUGUGUUGUUAUAUGUGGUUCAUGUAAUUAAUCUUUAUUUUAUUGCUCCAAUCAACCAAUGUGUAUAUUUUUUA